CAACAAUAAAACCCCAUUAUUGGCUCGGGUCAUGCCAAUACAUGUGACGGGGGUGUGUAUUUCUCAUCACGGGUUUUCUUCGGGAGAUUACAGUAUUUUGUUCCAUGAGCUAUAGCAGCGACCACUAAGACUCCCCCCCCAACCCCCGGAAGCGAAUGGACUCGCCCGCCUGCCCUGUGGAGCUGCUGUCCGCGGUGCUGAGCCAGGUCCGCUGCCCCCAGACACUGCAGCCGCUUACUGUCCGCAGCCUUCUGCUGCUGCCCACUGCUGCUCAUUACACGCUCGCCCAUUGUAUUGUGCUGGGCUUUUCUUUGUCCACUGCCUUCCCGGCGCAGUGGAAGUGUUAUGCCCGAGCCUGCCCACCCCGCCGAGUGAAUGCAUCCCUCGGCCGCCGGCAAGGGAAACAAAAAGAGGAAGGGGCCGCACCGGCCGAGCCGAACCGGGGCCACCGGGGCCACCGGGGGGAGCACGGGCAGCAGUGGUGGAGGAGGAGGUGGAAGCGUCGGGAGCGGCUCCAAGCCCGACAGGGUGUCCCUGCACAAGCGCAACCUCCACAACUUCUCGUACCCGCUGCUCGCUGUGUUCGGAGUGCUCAGGUUCCUCGCCUUCCAUCUGUGGCUGCUCAUCGCCUACGUGUGCGAGCGCCUGAGCGACCUGCACGCACGGCGUGCCGAGCCGCAACCCGAAGGGCAGGCGGAGCAGGGGCAGGCAGAGGAAGGGCAGGCCCAUGAUGGGCAGAGGGAGCAGCGCCAGCAGGGGCAGGGGCCCGAAGACGCCACCCAGCGCCUGCAUGCCCACCACAAAAACGCGUUCGAGUGCAUCUCGGCUGCGCUCAAGAUUGACGAGGAAGACAAAGGAGAGCAGAUAGACAGAGCGCGGCGUUUGCAGGCGAAAAUGAAAACGAACCUGGUGAUGGCAAAAGACCGCCUGGAACUUCUCGAGGUGGGAAGCCUGCCCAGACGCAGGGAUCCGCUCACCCACAAGAGCCAGUCCCUGCCACGCUGGGGCCCCGGGAAUUCUAGCAGUCCUCGGACCCACGCGCAUCAUCACCACUGCGUCCAGCCUACCGGCAGCAACCACCAGCGCCACAGGAGCGCCGGAGGGGGUCUCAACCUGACCGGCCUACCGCGGCCUGUUGGGUCCUCUUUCCCACUCUCCCUUCCCUCCGGGGCUACCUCAUCGGCAGCAGCGGCGGCAGCAGCAGCAGCAGCGGCGACAGUGAAUCCACUGCCCAGGCAGGGCUCGCCACCCAGCCCCGCAUCUGGGCUGUACCGCCAACUGAGCCAGCCAGCCCUUUCAGCCACCACCAAGGCUGCUGGGGUGAAGGGUUCGUCUCGGCCCAGCAGCCGGGGCAGCACGCCACUCUCUUCCCCCUCGCGCAAAAUGGAACUCAAGAACCUGCGCAACGUGGACAGCAAACUGGCCAGCCUCAUCCUCAAUGAGAUCGUGGACAGUGUCCUCUCGGUGCAGUGGGACGACAUCGCGGGGCAGGAGCUGGCCAAGCAGGCUCUGCAAGAGAUCGUCAUCCUGCCCUCGCUACGGCCAGAGCUCUUCACAGGGCUCCGCGCACCGGCCAAAGGCCUCCUGCUCUUUGGCCCGCCAGGAAACGGCAAGACGAUGCUGGCAAAAGCUGUGGCCAGCGAGUCGAGCGCCACCUUCUUCAAUAUAAGCGCGGCCAGUCUCACCUCCAAAUAUGUGGGAGAGGGCGAGAAGCUGGUGCGAGCCUUGUUUUCUGUGGCGAGGGAGCUGCAGCCUUCGAUCAUAUUCAUAGAUGAGGUGGACAGUGUACUGUGUGAGCGGCGGGAGGGCGAGCAUGAGGCGAGCCGGCGUCUCAAGACGGAGUUCCUUGUGGAGUUUGAUGGGGUGCAGUCUUCUGGGGAAGACCGCGUGCUGGUCAUGGGAGCUACAAACCGGCCCCAAGAGCUGGAUGAGGCUGUGCUCCGCCGCUUCUCCAAGAGGAUCUACGUCUCCUUGCCCGAGGAGGAGACGCGCCUCAAGCUGCUCACGCGCCUGCUGGGGAAGCACGGCAACCCGCUCAGCCACGCGGACCGGGCACACCUGGCUCGCAUCACAGAAGGAUACUCUGGGAGUGACCUCACAGCGCUUGCUAAAGACGCAGCCUUGGGCCCCAUUCGUGAACUGGACCCAGAGCAGGUGAAAAACAUGUCAGCAAAUGAGGUGAGAAACAUCCGAACAUCAGACUUUGAAGACUCGCUUAAGAAGAUCAAGCGCAGUGUGAACAUAGUCACUCUGGAAGGCUACAUGAAGUGGAACAGCGAUUACGGAGACACGGCCGCUGUGGCCUGAUUGCUCGUGAUGCCACACGAGGCAAUGCACAGAGCGAAGGUGUUCGCGUUUGUGCUGUGUAGCUCUCUGACGGAUUUUCAGGUUUCACCGCCUUUUAUUCCGCGUGAUCUUCGACUCUGGCUAUGUCUGAUGAAGCUACCAGCACAUGGAGCGAAACGUCAGACAUCGUUGCAGAACAACACGCGAUACGACCCGAAAACGCAAAGCUAAGGCAGUACGCAACUCACAGAGCAUUACAUGACGAUACCAUGCCUGAGCAUGACCUCACAUCACACCUCAUACCACAGUAAAACAUUCCAUGGUAGGGACCACUUUAUACACUCACGUUACGAAUAUUUACCUAGCCAGGCUUGCCAGGUUGUGGAGAAGGAAAUAUCAUGUAAGUGCUGUUAAAAAUAACUUAACGAAAAUAUAAAAAUAAUCUACUCUGGCUACGACUAACUUUGUUUGAUAUGUAGUGUAGUUUUUGAUACUUUUAGGGUAUGAUGAACAUUUUGCCAUUGUUCUAUUGAGCAAGCAGAUGCUCUGACUUUUAUCAGCUGAGACUAUACAUCUGGCAACAGACAAAUUAAACUAUAGAUAAAAAAAACAUUUUUAAGAGCUUCGAAUUCAAAUAGAAAUAGUUACAAAAAUAUUAAUCAAAUGUGUAAUGAAAAUCUACUCAUGCUGUCAAUGUAGACCGGGCAAUGUCAACAUUUUAAAUAUUUGCCAGAUACAGUACAACUUCUUGAAGCCUGACUAAUUUGAAGGAGAGCCUUUCCUGCUACCGGGGUUGUCAAGCCCACUGCAAAUAACACAUAGUUUGUAACGUUCAAGUCCUCUGCUUGUAAUUAAGACCCAACUCUUUUAAUUAACAUAUAUUGAGUGAAUAACUGAUUAGUCGAUAUUUACAAUGUAAUUUUUAUUGUUGAAUGACGCUUACAGAAUCACUCCUUGUAGAGUUUAAUCAGUCACCAUCAACGUGAAGCCGAUGUGGAAGACUGGCGAUUAAUCCCAAGAAACGGCGGUUGAUUCUUAAUGAGCUUGAAGAGGUGUUUUUGUUUGUUGUAAAUAUGUGUAAAGUAAAAAAUAUAACAACGCGAAGGAGAGAGCGAGAGAAACCCCAAGCAAAGCACGUGAAUUAUCGAGGCAUCCGAGAGCACGCGCUACCGAAGAUUCUCUAUAAUGUAUUUAGCCUUCGAAUUGCUCGUGCGCACCCAUUGUAUUUACUGCUUUGCAAUGGCUGGCGAUAGCAUGUUACACUUCCCAAUCUAAAUAAGCGCAUGUAGAAUUGACCACGUAAGAUUAGCACACAUGCCUUAACCGACUGUUCGCUAAUUAACCUGCGAUCAAACGGUGUUCCGGUCUAAGUUUUACGUUGCAUUUUUACAAUAUUUUUCUCGGUACCCUCUCUGGCUUACCCCGAAUUGCGGCCUACCUGAGUCCAGCUUCAUGAGGUUUUACUGUAUUUAAAGGUUCCUUACUACAAGGUGCGUUUUCCAACUUUGUCAGUCAAACCGGCAACUCUUUUUCCUGCUCUGAAGGGCUGGUCCAAAACAAUUAGUUUACUAUAUUUUUUGUGGAAUAAGAUCAGUGUUAAUUUAAGAAUGUGGUUACUCCAUAUGUCAUUCCUCGUGCUUGUACACUGCUCACAAUGCAGUCCCAUAUUUUUAUUGGCGUUUCGUUUUGCGAAGUUGUGUUUUCAUUGCAGUAGCGGUAUGUACUGAGGUUUAAAAACAUCUUAUCUAAAAGAUAGGCAGCUCAAUUUCAGGAUUCAUGCAACCUGUGGCCUGGUGUCCUCUUAGCAGAUGGUAUCUGUGGGACAUAUCCAGAUAUUUAAACGAGGGCAUUUUGCUCUGGUAAUUUCAGUGUCAGACACAUUUUUUGCAAUUUCCAACUUUAAAUGUACCAGUUUGUUAAUGUUACCUAAGCACAACAAUCUUUUUGCUUGUAACUAAGUUUCAAGAGGUCAGGUUCAAUGGCUAUACAAUGGGAACAUCCAUGGUUCGAUCCUAGCGAAUCAGAAACAUGGGUAUUAUUAUUAUAUAUAAAGAGACAAACAUUUUGGUGAGUGAACAGAGGGUGGAGACAUUGAUUUUAAAUACUUUUCUGAUGUUCUUAGAAACUUAAGACAAUUAAAAUGUCAUUCACGAAGCCUCUUCAAUAUACCAAAAUGGCAAAUGCACUUAUCAAACUGCUUUCGAGGUUUGAUAUGUUGUUUUUUAAACUGUGUUCUUUUGAGUCUCACGAGCAAACACAAUUGAAUCCUUUAAAUGAACAUUACUGACAACGCAAUCGUGGGUGAUUACAUACUCAGCAGUGAGGCACUCAAUCUUAAGUCUGCAUUCCAUGAAUAUCGACGUAAGGGCUCACCCCAACACGUGGUUACGUACGUUUCAUACAGUUACAGACAACAGCGGGCAGCACUUUCAAUCCAGCAGUGCAUUUUUUGGCAUGGAUAAUUUCUUCCGUUCCCAAGCUAAUGUGCAUAUCUUGUGGUUAAAACGUUCCUCAGCAAACACAUCAAUAUAUUAAUUUGAUCAACAUGGCUGUGAAAUGACCACGCGCGAUGCAAUGUAGCACGGGAUAUGCUGCUUGGCAUCAUUGACGAUCACUUCGUAUCACGGCAGUCUUCCUGAUAACCAGUGCCUAAUCAAUGGCAAUAUAAUCACACUGGGUACAUUAUCCCACACUGACUUAUAUUGCUCUUCGUUAAUUCAUGCUGUCCCUGUGAUUUUCUACACAGCUACUGGUUUCUCUUUUUAUUGUUUGCAAAGUGUCACAAUUCCAUACCUGCCAACCCGUUAUCAGUGCCUACCUUAUUACAGACCAAUUCAGAUCUUAUGUAUCUACUUUAAUCCUACAAAGUCCCAUCACAAGGGAGAAACACAAACACAUAGAUUUUUGUUGUUGCCCUAUUUAAAUUGGCUGUACACCGUAUGGACCUGAACAACAAUACGGUUAAACCAUAUGGGUUGACACGGUAUGAAUUUCACUCAACUUUUCUACAGCGUUCAGUUAAGAAAAAAGCUCCCUCCCCCCCCGAUUCAUGUACAGAUUGGUUUCGCACUACUUCUGGAAUGGAGCCAAAUGAUGGAAUAUGCUAGAAGAGCGAUUCCUCAAACAAUGCACGUCGAGUUUUUGGCUACAAUCCGCAAGGUGGAAAGGGCGUCACGCGCCAUUCGUACCGGACCCGGCCGCCUGCCGUGGGAGUGCCGCGUAGCUGGCUCGCCCUGCUGACGACGGUCUGAGCUGGCCAAUGACAUCACAAUGAGGUGGAAUGACAAGAGUCUAAACAUUUGUAUGAUUUGGGGCCAAAGUGUCACCCUGCUUUAAUGAACAGUGCGAUGGCAUUCAUCACUGGUGGCUCCGAGCCUUUGGUAUAAAUUUAACAUUGUCAUAGUUUGGGACAAUUUUUUGUAUACAUUGGAUUCCCACUGUUGACUUCUCUCAAAGCUGUACGACGUACUUUUUUGUUGACCCUGAAGGGAUGAUGGUUUGAGUUCAUCGCGAAGUAGGAUUUCAACUUGCAACAUUCUCAUUGUGAGUAAAUCUCUCUUAACUAUAACGCCAAUCGCGAUGUUGUAAGACUGUAAUGUCUACUUCUGUCUUACAAUGUCCCGUUCGGAUAUACAUUUGCAUAGCAUAGCAAAUCAAUGCAUUACUGUGUUGAGACAUAUCUCGUGAUAUGAUUUGCUGGAUGAAGGAACUCCAGUGGCAUACAACCUCUACUUGUAACAUCUCUGAGCAUCGCAUGCUGGUAUCACGUGAUGGCUUCACACAGAAGUCCGAGUAGCCAUCCCUACAACCAAACAACCUCAGGCAGAACAUUUGGUAGCUCAUGGAACAGCUGCUCUUGACGUGCGAUGAGGAGGGCAAUUGCCAAAGGUGGUGGGUAAAAAUGUGUAAUUUAAUACAUAAACAUGAUUUUAAAUACGUAAAUGUAAAUUGUGUACUUGGAAAAUUAAAUAUCCACAAAUGAGAGAACGCGAAGUUAUCACUCUCGCUGAGCACGUGGCUGCCUGACACAACGAAGGGCACAGGGUGACCUAUUGCGUCAGUCCAGCCACGUGCUCCUUGAGUCUGAUUUUGGAUGGGGCCUCGCUAUCAACCCACCAUCGCCAAUGGCGAUCGGCUCCUUAAAAGGGGGACUCUCUUGGGUACACUGACUGCAGCCAUAUUUCUGGAUACCAUCCUUUGCGAUGUUCGUAUUCUUGUUUAACGUGUCUGUGAAAUAGGAGACUAACAGAUAUCGCUCCAUUUGGUUGACAAGCACAUUACAUGGUAAUGUGUACUUUUGUUAUUGAGAUGGAAACAGUAAAUACUUUCAUUAACCAUGUUAUAUUGUGUACAUUAUGCUCUCCACCGGCUCACCUCGCAGCAAACUUGUAGGGAGCUAGCGUGGGAUGUCUAUUUUAAAGUGGACCAUUUACAGUUAUAAUAUUUAUGGUAUUGCAUAUAUACUUUUGGCCCUUUUAGUACACAUUAAAGGUUUAUAUAAAUAUGCACGCAUAAUUCAUUACAAUGUGUAAUUGUAACCAGUGAUUAGCACACUUGCACAGUUUACUGGUUUUCUAAGAGUUUGGCUGAACAUACCAUAGUAGUACAUCAUCUGUGAGGCCUUGGCCUUUUCUAAUGAGAUGUAUCACUCUUUAUCGGCGAUCUUACAGUUCAGUAUGUUUGAAACACUUAUUUACUUUUUAAACUUGUUUUUUGGACUUCAUGACCUACAAUCGAAAAUUAUCAGGAGCCGUUUGCUGAAGUAUUUUUAUAUUUAUAAUGUGCAAAGCUAUUCAAGCUCUGGCACAUUCUGUGGGAUUUUUGACACUGCAAUAUAUGCAUAUGAAAUACUGGUUUUGACAUCACUUUCUACAGAACCACUGAUGGUGCUCACACUCCUGGAGUAAGCACGCUUGUCUUAAACAAUUACAGUUACGUUGCUGAUGUAACACCUCCUUUCUUUGCAGUACCACUCCAACUGCAGUCGCUCAUAUUUUCGAGUCACUGAUGAUUUUAACAAGACUCGCCUGUAUGUAUGAUUGCCACCUUUUCCACCGAACCCUGGACUUAUUUCUCAGUCAGCCUACGGUGCACAAUAUCGGUACCAAAUCCCGGUAAAAUCAAUUCCUGCCACCAGAACAAAGAUGACAAUUCCUGGACUGUCAAUUCUUGGACUGCCACCUAUCCAGGUCAAACCCAGAGAGGUGGCAACCCUACCUGGAUGGCAACUGGGCCAUUCCCACUAUGAGACUUUCAGAGUAGCCAUCGCCAGCUGCAUGCAUUAGUAAGACAAAAAUUAACAGCUCUUAAAUUGACCACAUUUGCCCUAAAACUAUUGGUAGGUGUUUCACAGCUGACAUUCUAACAAAAAUCUAGCUCAAGUUUAGGUUCGGUAUUUGGAGUGGUUGCGUUAAAGCAAUACAACGCAGUAGACACUGGGUAUAUGCACAUUCCUUGGAAGGCCAUGUGUGCUUAUAUACAAAGUGUGCUUGUAUCAGAAGUUCAUCUUUGCAUUCCCCUGCACCCCCCCCACCACCAGUGUAAUAUAACGAUACAUUGCUUGUAUGAGAACUCUGCUUAUACAAAGCUUUUACAGUAUAUGACGGCAAUCAUUAAAACGCUAUUCUAGGGGCAGAGGGGCCCGAAGCUACUGUAUCCACAAUGCAUGAAUAUUCACAAUAUCAUUGUGCAACUCAGGGGCUGUACGAUCAGCCAAACGUGCAUACAAUUCUGAAAGCCGUGCAUUUCAUAACCAUGUCGGUCUAACGCAGCAGUGGCCAAUACGUGGAUCGCAAUCCACUAGUUGAUAGCAACAUAUUCUUUGUGGAUCUCGGGGACAAAUGAGAACACUGAUAUAACAACAAUUCUCAGUGUGUGUGUGUUGAACUUCUUUCGCACCGUACGUAGCCAACCGUGCUACUCGCAGGUGGGGAUAACACAAAUUGUAGCUGAUAAAUAAAAAUCCCCAAAUACGACUUCACGUAAAAAAUAUGACUACGAAUAGGCGGCGCUCGUUCCUUAUGUUAAUGGUAUAUUAUUAUAGGGUUAAAUCCAGGUAAUUGUUGGUCGUGAUUUGUGGUGGAUGACGGAGUCUAUCGAGAUGCGGCGCUUGGUGGAUUCAUCUUCUUGGUUCUUUCGGUAAAGUCACGUA